AUGAGUCAACCAAUUACAAGUCAAAAACGGGAAGCAGAUGCUGAUGCUGCGGUCUCACUAAAAGAGAGUGGGAUCAAAACAGAAAUUAUUGAUGAUUCUGCGUCAGCGGUGAGCGAGGGAACAGAUCUUGCUACCGCCCAAUAUGAAUCGAUCACAGUUUUGAGGAAAGAAAACGCCGUCAACGACAGUAUUCUCUUCUUGAGGAAAGCUGAAGGUAUCGUGGCAGGACACACAGCUAUGUUUCCUGAGUUUAAAACAUGGCAAGACCAAACGAAGCAAAUUCUCAGUGGCAUCAAACGCCCUCGUGUGCUUGUCGGGGUUCUUGGAUAUACCGGUAGCGGCAAAUCAUCCCUAAUCAAUGCGCUCAUCGAUGAGGAAAUGGCGGUUCCCGCAAAUGCAAUGCGUGCCAGCACGUCGGUGGUCACAGAAAUUUCAUGGAACGACUCUGAUGAUCCUGACAAGGCCUUUCGCGCUGAAAUUGAGUUUAUCAGCGAGAUGGAAUGGAAAGAAGAAAUGGAUAUUUUAUUGGAUGAUCUAAAGAACGCCACUAAAGGAGAAGAUGUUUCUGUUAAAUCUGGUAGCGAGGCAAGCACCGCUUUUGCGAAGAUAUCUGCAGUUUGGCCUAGCGUCACUCUUUCCAAACUUAAGGGCAUGACUUCACAGGAACUUUUUGACCAAAUCGAUGGCGUCUCUAAUAUAUUGGAUUGCCAAUUGGAGAUCGCAGAGCGCAAAGCCAAGCCCUUUUCACGAGAGAUCGACAAAUACAUCGAUUCAAAUAACAAACAAAAUCCUCAAAUGGGAUGUCCUUCUGGCCUUUGGUGCGUUGCUGAGAUCCUUCGACAUGGGCUCGUAUUAGUCGAUCUGCCUGGCCUAGGAGACUCUAACACAGGUCGAACGCAAGUCGCUGAGACUUACGCCAAGAAACUUACAUACUUAUGGAUCGUGGCUGAUAUUGUUCGUGCAAUCGAUGAUCAGGUCGCCAAGGAUCUAAUGGGUAAAUCCUUCAGAAGACAACUACUCAUGGACGGUAAGUACGAUGAUAAAUAUGUCACCUUUAUCAUGACAAAAACCGAUAUUAUCAACAAUGAAGAGGUUAUAGAGUCAUUGCAGCUUCGUGAGAAGAACUUGAAGGAUAUUCUGAGCCGAGAAGCAGAUAUUUUGAAGGAGAUACAAGAUGGCCAGCAAAAAUUGGCUCAGAAAUCUACUAAACUCAAAAAAAUAAAACGGGCACUGAAGUUGCUCUUGAGUAAUGUCGACUCGACAAAAGCUGACAGUUCUGCAUCACGCAAGCGCAAACAUGCCAAGGAACACAGGACAGGAGAUGGGCACCAACCAUCGGGUGACUCGAAGUCUACAGACAUGGAGAUAUCAAGUAGAAGACUCUUGACUAAGAAGAAAGCGCAUAAUGUCAAGGCCAUGAAGAUGCUUGGGAAAAGGCUCGCUGAGUUGAGACUUAUACUCAAGUCGAUUAGGAACGAUAUUAAAGCAGCCUGUACGCAAGCUCGUAGCAGGUACACUCAAGAGCAUCUCAGGAUGGACUUCGAGAAUGGGCUGCGAGAGUUAAAACAGGAUAUGUCUGAUGAUUCCAUUGACGAGAGGCAGCUUGGAAAUGUGGACGAAGCGGAAAGUAAAGAUCUGGUGUACCAACGUACGUAUUCUAAUUUCAAUACUCGCAGUGAUCGUUUGAAGCUAAUGCAAGGUUGCCAUACAGGAGGUCUCACUGAACAGCUCCAAAUCUUUUGUGUAUCCUCUAAGGGCUACCAGAGACUCUGUGGGCGCUUCAAGCGAGACCCAAUGCCAAACGGAUUCACAACAAUCAAAGAUACAAAUAUCCCCAAACUACAAGAGUAUGCAGCAGCAUCUACUUUGACAGUCCGCGCAAAGAUAGCUGACUCCUUCUUAACUGAGUUCAAUCUUCUCAAGGUGAGUAUAAAUUCAUGGGCCGAAAACGAUUCGCCAAACUCCCUGUCAGUGUCUCAAACGCGCAAACUUAAUGUAAUGCGGGAGGAAAAGUUGGAAACUCUUCACAAGACCUUUAGUCAUGCUUUGACUAUUGCAAUAUCGCGUAUCCGCGAGAUCAUCACGACCGAUAUCCUCCCAACUCUACGAAGCUGCAUUCGAGCGAGUACAGAAAAGGCCGAAGAGGCUUGUAAGAAACUCAUGAACGCAGACACUUCUUAUCAGACCUGGAAAGCAAUUUGCCGUAGAUUUGGCAAAUUUAAUAACAAGAAGAACGGCAUGUAUGAUUGGACCGGUGUGUUCUUAGAGCCGUUCUGGGGGCAAAUCGCCCAGCCUUGGGAUAAGGUAUUCAAUUCGCAAAUGCAGAGUAUUCACGACAGGUAUGCUGGAGCCUUGGUCAGAGCAAUUAGAGUGUUUUCAGCCGACAUAAGACCCCUCCUCCAAAGCAUGUCAGAAGCCUCCGCAUGCAGAUCACCAAUCGAUUUCUUGGCUAAGAUACCUUACCUGGAGAAGAAGACGAAAAGUGCAGUAUCCGGUUCUUUGAGCUCGGCUCAACGUCAAGCACAAGAUAUUCAUCGACUAAUUGAGCCACUGAUUCAGCAUCAUAUGCGCCCUGCGUAUGAAAAGUGUAGCCAGGAAUCCAAAACAGGAGCUCUUGGCCGGAUGAAAGAGCACCUCCUUGAACACAUCAAGAGAAGCAAUGAAGUCAUGUAUCGCGAGUCGUCAAGCUUGCUCAAUGCAAAACUGAACAAAAUGACGACCAAUAUCGAGGAGUUAUUGAAAGAGGCGCAUUCUGCCACAUCCCGUUACCUCAGAGAAGAAAUCAAAAACAUGAUAAUGUGGGCAGUCGCGAAAGAUGACGAGACCCGAGAGAACGUCAGGGAGACUGUACGCAAAGAGCUGACUGUACAGUUGGAUGCCUUGGGAGUGGCAUGGGCUAGAGGUGCUUCUGAGCCCGCGGAUCGUUUUCUCUCGUUGAAGACAGAGACAAAGCUAGAUGACGACAGCAGUGAGGACAACGGCGAGGAUGAUGAUAUUAGUGAUGAUAGCGACAGCAGCGACAACAUUGAUGUCGGCGAUAACAGUGAUGAUAGUGAAGAAGCUGAAGGUACCAGUGAUGACAUGGAAGACUCGUGAUUCAAGAUUGUGGUCUUGCCAUUGGGAUUGUGCACCAUCUGCGUUGGACCAUUAGGGAGAUGAAUACGUUUGCAAGCUUCUUUCUCGCAUUUAUCGGCAUUUCGUUGUAUCUCAAAGGCCGUAGAAUACAUAUUCUGACAUUUAUGGCGUUGCUUUUAUUUCCAUUAUUAUUUUUCAUCAAGGAAAUCUUUAUUGCGCAAUGGGAAUAAGGUCUUAUGCGAAGACGAGGAGACAGGAGCAUCGAGCUGAGUUAUUAAUGCCUACUUUCUAUAUUUUACAUUUUAGCAAUAAUGAACUUCAAUGUCUUUUACAACCUGAUGAAUCACCUAGGCUUUGGACGACAAGAUGUAUAAAAGUUACCAACAUGAAAUUUGACCAAAAUAGAUCUCAUCAUCACCCACCUUAAGAUUUUCAAGAAAUUGAUUGUUCUAGACCCACCAUAC